CUCACCGUAGCCGCGUCACCUUCUUGCCUCCCUAUCCCUCACUGAAAGGUGUACUAGCUGUCCCCCGAAUGGGGGGUCACGACCAGCUCGCCCGUCCAUCACAUCACCCUCUCACUCUCAAACACCAUGAGCAGCAAUGAUCUAGCGUCCUCGAACCUAGACCCGAGCCUCGCCGCUACCCCGCUAAGCAACAGUCACGACGCCUCCCUCACCUCAGCCCGCAUAUACGCUCGUCACCUCUUCCCCGCUCAUGGCGCUCAUGUCUAUCUCUUGCUGGAACUCAUCGCUCUCUUCCCCGCCGAGGUACGUACGCUACUACGCAUCGCCAGGCGAUGGCAGCAACAGCACACGGAGGAGCGACACCAGCAACAGGAGUAUGGUGACUUCUCGAGCGGAGUCAAGAUGCGAAAGCGACGUCCUGAUGGUCUAGUAUCGCUACACGAGGUCGGACUGUUCGUGAUCAAGUACAUUGCCCUUGUUGCAGUCCUCUGCCAGAUCAUUGGCGUCCUCAGCCGCAAUCUGCUUAGCGCAAGAGGAUGCGCUGUCACGCUCUACACAUCCAACUUCGCCCUGUUCGUCGACACAUCCCUCGUUACGGCCAGCUUCGCUUGGCGUGCAUACCUCGUCUGUGGGAAGACCCGCCGAAGUGCCCUCUUCCUCUCUGUGGGCUGUCUUCUCCAUCUCGCAGCCGCACUCGCUGAAGCGCAAGGGUUGCGGGACGCGCAGGUCAUCGAUGGCUUCUGCCGCGAGCCCUUCUCGCAGCCAGCCAGCGUUGAGGAGCUCAGGAUCGAGACGUGGUGGUCGAGGAGGAGCUUAUGGUUUACACUCUACUCCACCGUCUUUGAUACAGCCAUCUGUGCCACGUCGUGCUACAAACUUCUCCAGACUCGUCAUAAGGGGCUUGGUGUUGGAUGGCUACCGACUUGCAAGGUCUUGUUCGACUCGGCCACUUACUACAUGGCCAGCAUGACCAGCAUCAACCUCGCCCAGAUGACCUUCAUGCUCAUCCGCCCUCACGUCGCACCAAGCUCCGUGGUCCUAGCAGCGAGCGUACAAGUGGUGCUUGGCUUGCACUUCAUUGUCAAGAUCCUCGAUCGCGUACACGGAGACCACGAUGACGACAGCGGUGGAUUAGACGAUUACAAGGAGAGAGCCGGUAUGAGGGCGGGAGAGGUAAUGCGCUGCAGGUGUGUAUCGCAGGGGGCUACGAUUGGUGGCUGGUCAGCAGGAGGCGGCGGAGGAGGAGGUGAGAGCGUGGCAGGGGGGCAAGGUAAGCCCCUACUCAAAGUCGUGACCCCAUGAAGGCAGGUCGGAGUCUUCGCUAGCUUCCAUUCCCCUCACUGUCAUUACCCUGUCGCCUCGUAAUCUUGUAACCUCGCCACUGAAUCGCUCCAAUCACACACGCGCGGAGCGCAUGGCC